UCUCCAUAAGAGACCAGACACACUAAGCCUACAGAUAGACAGUACAAAAGGAGACACUGGGUGCAGGCAGCUAGUUUACACAGCAAUACAGAAAGAAGAAGCCAUCCUUUUUUAAAUAUAAACACAAACUGCACUUUUAGGACAUGGGCAUGCAUGGAUCCAAGCCUCGUAAACAAGCACAGGUCCUGAUGCUGGGCCUGGACGGAUCAGGAAAGACCACCCUGCUCUAUAAACUGAAGUACAACGAGAGCGUGGUGACCGUGCCAACUGUGGGCUUCAACGUGGAGACACUGGAGACAGACAGGAGCAGCCCCAGCCUGACAGUGUGGGACGUAGGGGGUCAGAAGAAGAUGAGGCCCCACUGGAGGCAUCACUAUACUGAUACAGCUGGGCUGGUUUUUGUGGUGGACAGCUGGGAUCAGAAGCGGCUGGACGAGGCCCGCAAGACACUUCAUAGGGUCCUGAGGUUUGAGUGUCUCAGAGGAGUCCCUCUCGUCGUCCUCGCCAACAAACAGGACCUUCAGGGAGCUAAGAGCCCAGAGGCGCUCUGCCUGACCCUGGACUUGAGAAAAGUGUGUGAAGGCAGGUCCUGGUUCAUCCAGCCCUGCUCAGCUACCACUGGCAUGGGACUGGAGGAAGGUUUCAGGAGGAUCGUCUAUCUGAUGAAGACUCCGUUUAAACAGACUCAAGAGGACAUUAAGGUUAAGAUGAGGUCUAAGGGCUUCAGCAUCACAGCUGUGAAACAAGUCUUCCUCUGCAGCAGAUGAUGGAUGAGAAUCUCUUUGGAGAUUCAUGACAAUGAUGUGUAGGAUUCUUCUCGCCCGCCUGUGUGAGUCAUCGGCGAAUUGCCUCUCUGUGGCAUCCAUAGGAUCAGAUGAGAGGAGGCGUUAAGACAAGGGAUGAGAUUAUUCAUCGUAGUUUUAAGUGAUAAUCUCCAUGGCAGAGGGGACUUUCACCCAAUCCUGGUGAAGACAAAAUGUCUUUGGACCUUGGUGAUGAUAGCCUCUGAGGAUGUUGUGUGUAAUCAAGAUUAUGAGGAUAAUUUUGAGAAAACAAGUCAUUGUAUCAUGAGCUGAUAU